CUGUUUUUCUGUUUCGUUCGUACUGUUCAUAAUAUUGUAAGUUCUAAAAGUGUUUGUUUUGUAACAUUCGAUGGACGAUUCAGUUCAUUUUUUUUUUCUUCAGUCAAAGAAAUCUUUCACAAAGUGCAGAAAGACAAUGAAAAGUGUUCCUCCAAAGAAAGAACCUUAGUGGAGUGAAAUAGUGACUUGUAGUUUCCCAGCACUUUGUAAUAUUAUCGAUUUCCAGUGAGGAGGAUUAAAAAUUUUGUGAUAAAAAAAAGAGUUCGUUCCGUUGUGGGUGAACGAAUUGAAUUGUUGUGAUACCAUUAAAAAGUCAAAGAAAAGCCAAGAAAAAUGGAAAGUGCAUACUGCCGAAUUGUUUUAGACAAACCAACAAGCACAUACUACUCGGGCCAAACAAUAUUUGGUACGAUAACACUGCUCAAAUACAAUGGAAAGAAGGUUCGCGGUAUAUUCUUCAAAAUAACCGGUCAUGGAAAGUGUAGCUGGUCUACGCUGAAACGUACAGAAUCAACUGCAGCGCCUACAAACUAUUCUGCAGAUGAAAUGACAAAGGAUAAAGAUCGCUUUUUGCAUCUGUCUGGGGACGAAGACUAUUUGGCCGGUGAAAUUGUUUAUAUAGCCGGAUCUAAGCAUGGUCCUCAAUUCCAGAUCAAUCAAGAUGAAGUCAGUUACAAUUUCCGAUUCGAUCUGAAUCACAUGCUCCCGUCCUCGUUCAAAGGUACCUACGGCAAAAUCAAAUACGAAAUGGAAUUUACGAUCGACCGCAAAUGGAAACUGGACAAAACGUACAAGGUGCCAUUGACGAUUAUGAAAUCGUUGGACUUAAAUUUCGAUCCGUAUGCCCGCGUACCACAACAGAAGCAAUUAACGCGAAACAUUGGCCUCAUUAGCAGUGGUCCCAUUUCGUUGCAUGUUUUAAUACCGCGCACGGGAUUCGCUUGUGGCGAAAAGUUGCCCAUUCAAGUGAUCGUUACGAACAACAGCUCAACGCAUGUGGAUAAGGUAAAGUUCACGUUACGGAAAAUUAUCGAUUAUCACAGCAAGGCGCCGGCCCGAUCAACGAAACAGGAAAUUUUGAAGAUUCUAAAAAAAGAAGCCGGCGGAGUGAGCAAAAAGUCUGAACAGAAAUACGAACAUUUGUUGGACGUGCCAGAGCUGCAAUCGUCCGAUAAACAAGCGAGCAACAUCAUACACAUUAGCUAUGACAUCGUGGUCGAGGUUAAAGUUAGCGGUUUGUACAAGAACCUCAUCGAAGUAAUACCAGUGACAUUAGGCACAAUUGGUUUACUGAAUGCUAAUAUGCCUGGUUGGAGUGGCACCACCACUGGAUCACAAGACAAUCAAUCAUUGCCGGCUCUUCCAAUCGCUAUGCCAAUGCCAAUGCCAAUGCCACACACAUCCAUGUAUCCAUCGCUACCGUCACAAUUAAACAAUUCGUACCCACCCGCUGCCGACACUAAUCCGUUUUCCCCGUUCAGUACGAGUUCACCCAUUCAAAAUCAAACAGUUGAACCGCGUCGACACAGUACAAAUGUUCCGCCAUCAGCUCCACCACUGGACUUUUAUGCUGUAAGUCCCAAUUCUACACGAAGUUCAAUAUGUGCCGAUGCUCCACCAUCUUAUUCGGAAGUAUUCGGUUCACCGGAAGUAUUCGGAUCGAUGUCGAUGAUUAGCUCAAUGUCGAUGAAUAGCUCGAUGUCGAUAAACAGUUCGAUGUCCAGUCUAAGCAUUUCGCAGACAUCCCGCCAGGAUACUGCGAAUUCAAACGAACCGUUCCGUGGAAACGAACAACGCGCAUCAGUUCCACCGCGAAGACGUAGACGAAUGGCUGAAGCGGUACAGGAAAGCAGUGAUUCAGUGAACGGUGAAUCGAAUGGCGGUGAGAUUGCAAAGCAACGACUUAUCUUGGCCUUGACAAUAAUUUUGGGACUGUUAGUGAUUAUGAUGUUUUGAGCGAACAAAUUUUGGUUUUUUACAGUUAAAUGAUUAGGAUUAAGAACGUUCUGAGACAUGAAUGUUUGGAGAAAAUGUGUUCACGACAAUUGGAUUUUGAUUGACGGAACACCGAAGAAUUGGCAUAUCAAUUUUAAAUUUAGGUUUUUAAGUUUUAGAUUUUGCAAAUUUUUUUAAAAUUGAUUUUUUAGUCAAAUGAUUCGAGAUUAGAAGUGUGACCGCAUGAGGCCACAAGAAUGACUAUCUUACACGACAAUAAUUUUAUUUUAUUUUUUUUGUAAUCAAUUUUUGAUAUCUACGAUUUUUAUCAUUUUUUUUGUAUUUAGAUUAGGAAACUCGAACAAUUUUUUUUUUGAUUAUAUUAACGCACUACAGGGCAUUAUUUAUAAUUCAUUUUGCGUUUGACAUUAUAUGAUACUAACAUUACACGAUGCUAUCACUAUAUUCUAAGUACAAAUUUAUUUACAUAACAUUGCUGGUAUCGCUGAUAUGCAUCCAAAUGCAAACGUAAUGAAAUUUUAC